AUGGCCGAGACCGCUCCUGUUGCUGCGCCCGAUGUCGCCGCCGCUCCGACCCCGGCCAAGGCGGCCCCCGCCAAGAAGCCGAAGAAGGCGGCGGGCGGCGCCAAAGCCCGCAAGCCCGCGGGCCCCAGCGUCACCGAGCUGAUCACCAAGGCCGUGUCCGCCUCCAAGGAGCGCAAGGGGCUCUCCCUCGCCGCGCUCAAGAAGGCGCUGGCCGCCGGCGGCUACGACGUGGAAAAAAGUAACAGCCGCAUCAAGCUGGGGCUCAAGAGCCUCGUCAGCAAGGGCACCCUGGUGCAGACCAAGGGCACCGGCGCCUCUGGCUCGUUCCGCCUCAGCAAGAAGCCGGGAGAGGCAAAGGAGAAGGCUCCUAGGAAGAGAACGCCCGCGGCCAAGCCCAAGAAGGCAGCGCCCAAGAAGCCUGCCAGCGCAGCCAAAAAGCCCAAGAAGGCGGCGGCGAAGAAGAGCCCCAAGAAAGCCGUGAAGCCAGCGGCCGCUGCCACCAAGAAGGCAGCAAAGAGCCCUAAGAAAGCGACAAAAGCUGCCAAGCCCAAAAAGGCGGUGGCAGUCAAGAGCCCAGCCAAAACGAAGGCGGUGAAGCCCAAAGCUGCCAAGCCCAAGACGGCCAAACCGAAGGUAGCCAAAGCAAAGAAGGCGGCCCCCAAGAAAAAAUAAAUAUCCUGAAAAAAACCCUCUCCUCUGCUUGGCAGAUAAAACCCAACGGCUCUUUUAAGAGCCACCCA